GUUGUGAGUGGGUGCGUGCCCGCGCGUGUCUGUGUUGUGUGGGAAGCCACGACAGAGCGCCGCGCGACGACUCUUCUUACCCCCACACUCUGCGAGAUGCGAGCUCCGGCACCCACGCCUCCGGGACCAUGAGGGGUGACACCGCUCGACCCGCGUCUCCUGCCCCGAUUCUGCUCCGAUUCGCGGCCGCCUGCGCCGCGCUCGGAUCCGCGGCGGCUUACUUCGGGCUCACAGCCAAGGAGCCUCUGCUGGUCCUGGCGAUCCGAGGAGGAGGAGCAGGGGACGGACCGGACUCGACCGGCGGCGUUGGAGGAGGCGGCUCCGGCUCCUCGUGGAGCUCGUGGAGCUACUGGGGGCAGUGGCACUCGGCGGCUGCGCCUCUCGGCGGCGCGCGGCAGCCCGCGCGGAGCCGCUCGCACCUGAAGCUGUGCGACGGCCUCAAGCUGCAGCGCAAGCAGCGUCGCCUGUGCCGCCGUGACCCGGGCCUCGGGCCCGCGCUGCUGGAGGCCAGCGGCCUGGGCGCGGCCGAGUGCCAGGCGCAGUUCCGCGCCGAGCGAUGGAACUGUAGCCUGGAGGCACCGCACCGCGCCAACAUCCUCAAGCGAGGGUUCCGCGAGACGGCCUUCCUCUUCGGCGUCUCGGCCGCGGGCCUGGCACACUCGGUGUCGCGUGCGUGCAGCGCGGGCCGCCUGGAGCGCUGCACCUGCGACGAGGCACCGCAGCUGCAGAACCGCCAGGCGUGGCAGUGGGGCGGCUGCGGUGACAACGUCAAGUACGGCCUCAAGUUCACGCGCGCCUUCCUCGAGCAGCAGAGGCGCGGCGGCGGCAUGGACGUGCGUGCUCGCGUGGACGCGCACAACUCGGACGUGGGGCUCAAGGUGGUGAGGAGCGGCGGUGCGCACCACGUGCAAGUGCCACGGCGUGUCGGGCUCGUGCAGCGUGCGCACCUGCUGGAGGCAGCUGGCUCCCUUCAGCGAGUCGGGCCGCCUCCUCAAGAGGGCCUACGACUCGGCGCUGAGGGUCACGGGCCUCGCCAACGGGGCCACGGCCGACGGCGGCGGCUUCCCGCGGGGACCGGCGCGGCCGCCGCCAGCGCCGUCCUCGCCGUCAUCACCAUCGUCAUCAUCGGGAGCAGCAGCAGCAGCAGCAGCAGCAUCGCCGCCGUCGUCGUCGUCACCGCCGGAGAUGGACCUCCUCCUGUUCUACCUGGACGAUUCGCCGAGCUUCUGUCGGCCCAGUCGCUUCUCGCCGGGCACCGGGGGAAGGCCGUGCCACAGGGAGGGCAGCUGCGAGUCGCUGUGCUGCGGCCGGGGCCACAACACGCAGAGCCGCGUGACGCAGCGGCCUUGCCAGUGCCAGGUGCGGUGGUGCUGCUACGUGGAGUGCAAGCAGUGCGUGCAGAGGGAGGAGCUGUUCACCUGCAAGAACACCUGAGCGGUCGCUAUUGGAGUCUCGAGGAGGGUGGCGGCGGUGGCGGUGGUGGUGGUGGAGGAGGAAGGUACAGAAUCAGGAGGAAGAUGGUGGAGGAGGGAGGGAUGCACGAGGGAGCACGAGGGGAGCACGAAGAGAGCACGAGGAAGCAGCGGGGGGUCACGAGGAAUCAGCGGGGAGCACGAGGGAGCAGCGGGGAGCACGAGGGAGCAGCGGGGAGCACGAGGAAGCAGUGGGGAGUACGAGGAAGCAGCGGGGAGCACGAGGAAGCAGCGGGGGGUCACGAGGGAGCAGCGGGGAGCACGAGGGAGCAGCGGGGAGUACGAGGAAGCAGCGGGGAGCACGAGGAAGCAGCGGGGGGUCACGAGGGAGCAGCGGGGAGCACGAGGAAGCAGCGGGGAGCACGAGGGAGCAGCGGGGAGCACGAGGAAGCAGAGGGGAGCACGAGGGAGCAGCGGGGAGCACGAGGGAGGAACGGGGACGAGAUGGAGGAGGUUCUGGUUUAA